CUGCGCACGGGGCAGCGCCGCGCCCGGGCGCUUCCGCAGCGCGACCUUCGCCGCGCCAGGCCGGGCGGGUGAGCGCGGUGCGGGGCGGUGCGUGCGUGUCCCGGGCCCCGACACCCCUUCCCUGCCGGCGGGGCGGCGUGGGGCCUCGCUGCGGUAGCGGCGAGGUGCGGGGAGGGCCGGCGGCGGGGCCGAGGCGCGCUCGGCCCAGCCCGUUGGUGUGCGCAGGUGGGCGGGGAAGAUGUCGGCGCCGACGAUGCAGGAGAGGAAGGCUUGCUGGGGCGCCCGGGACGAGUUCUGGCAGUGCCUGGACAGCCACGGCGAGGAUGCCUCCCGGUGCGAGAAGCUGCGGGGAUCCUUCGAGGCGCUGUGUCCGCAGCAGUGGGUUAAAUACUUUGAUAGAAGAAGAGACUUUUUAAAAUAUAAAAAAAAGCUUGAAACAGAAGGCUUUCAUCCUUCAGAUGCUGCUGGGAAAUCUUAGGUGCUCCGCUCUCAAAAUAAGUCUGGUGAGAACAACUGUGGAAGGAAGAAGCAUGAGAAAGUGACAGAAGCUGCUUGAACCCAAGAACUGGUAACCUGACCAUCUCCCUGAAAUGCAGGCUGCCUCUCUUGGUGCAAGGUCUCAUGCAUCUGCUGAAAAAAGGUGGUCAGGGACAGCUUUUUUUUAAGUCAAAGAAAUCUGGUGCAGGAGCAUUCACAAAUUAAGUUUUUCAACAUAUGAUUACUCAAAUGGUUUCAGAGGAAUAAAUGGUUAUUUAAUUGUAAUGUACAUAUUCUAAAGAAACAAUAAAAUUGUCUUUCAGUAAGUUCAUCAUAAGAA